CUUGGAUAGGAUUAAAGGGUAAAAUUAUAAAUUCAUGUGAAAGUAAAGAGAUUUGAUCCAAAAAAACAAUGGUUUGUCCGCUGACCUCAUAAUAUAAGAAAUUAUUUUUCAAAUGAGGGAUAUGAUUACACCACUUCAUUGAUAUCCUAGUUAUUGGGUUUUUAUUGGAUUGGUUUGGAUUUUUAAUCCAAACCAAUCUUAUCCCCAAAGCUUUGCCAAACACCCUCGGUACGUUUAAAUGAAUCUAUAGCUUCUUAAUGGUAGAGGAUAUAUCAAGACAGAAAAUAAAAUAAAAGAGUGUUAGAAAGAAUUGGAACCGAUUGUUGUGCUAUAUGAUCAAAAUUUAGGGAUGUAACAGUCAUUUAAUCUUUUAAGUUUACUUUAAAGUAAUUCAUACUAUGAAGAAACGAGAAAACUCUCACCACUAGUACUCAAUCUUACAGAGACAGAGGGAGAGAGUGGAAAAACAAUGGUCGGAGAGAGUUGGAGUCUGACGGCAAAGUUGUGCGACUCAUGCAAAACGGCGCCGGCAAACCUGUUUUGCCGUGCUGACUCGGCUUUUUUAUGCAUGGGGUGUGACUCAAAAAUCCACGCGGCGAAAAGCUGGCAUCAAGGCACGCGCGUGUGUGGAUGUGCGAGGUAUGUGAGCAGUCGCCGGCCGCCGUCACCUGCAAGGCGGACGCCGCCGCCCUAUGCGUCGCCUGUGACUGCGACAUCCACUCCGCCAACCCACUUGCCCGCCGCCACGAGCGCUUCCCCGUCGUCCCCUUCUACGACUCUGCCGCAGUGGAAAAACACUACCACCAUGACCACGGUGGAGAUGAUGACGUUGACACUAGCGAGAAGUAUUUCUCCGAUGACCUUGAAGGCGGAGCCGAGGAGGCUGAGGCUGCCUCGUGGCUUUUGCAGAACCCAAAUCCCAAUAAGAUCGUUGAUUUGUUUGGUGAUAUGGAUUCUUACUUGGAUAUGGAGAUUAUUUCUGGGGAUCAGAAACAGCGGACCCAGAAGCAGUACAGUUCAGGGGCUGAUGGGGUGGUGCCUGUAAGCGAUAAUGGUCUGCACCACCAGCCACCGCCGCAAGGUCUGGUAGUGGAUGGAUUUCCGGCAUAUGAAGUGGAUUAUUCUGGAUCUAAGCCUUUUAUGUACAACUUCAACUCUCAGUCCAUCAGCCAAAGCUUAUCUUCAUCUGCACUAGAAGUUGGUGUUGUGCCAGACCACAACUCCAUGGCCGAUGUAUCCAACUCUUUUGCAGCAAAAAACACUGCAGAUACUGUUCCAACCAACCCCAUCCCUGGAAUUGACAGAGAAGCUAGAGUUCUGAGAUACAGAGAGAAAAGAAAGAACCGGAAGUUUGAGAAAACGAUUCGUUAUGCUUCAAGAAAGGCUUAUGCAGAGACCAGACCGAGAAUCAAAGGCAGGUUUGCCAAGCGUACAGAGAUUGAAGUUGAAUCCUUAAUCACUGGAGAAGCCUCAUAUGGCGUUGUCCCAACCUACUAGACCUUUUUAUUAAAAUUUUGGGCGUGAUGUUGUUGCUGCUGUUUUUAAUGCUGAUUUCUGUAUUUGUACAUAUAGUAUGUGAUCUAGAUCUAUGUUUGAUCGGAGGUGAACUGUUAAUUUUUUACCGUUGAUUUUGUACAACUUCUUGUUGUUUAAUGUCUAAUGUAAUUAGUGUUUUUCCUCGUUUGUGAUCUUUCAAACUUAUUAUGGUAUGAAUAAAGUUCUGCUACCUUUU